AUGCGGACUGCCUCAGUAUCGGCGCCGACGCUGCUGCUGCUACUGCUGAGCCAUUGGCCCUCGGCCACGUGCGCGUCCGACACGCACUGCGUCAAGUGGCGUGCGACCUCGAACUGCGACCCUCACGGCCAGCGCGAGCCGCAGCACGACGCCGCGUGUUCCAAGCGCAUUCCAUCGGAUGUCUCGGGCUUCUGCGAGUGCGAGGACCGCCGCCACGUGCGUGAAGUGGAGUGCAACCACUACGAGUUCACGUGUGAAGAAGCGUGUGCAGCGGACUCAUCGGCUGAUCUCAGCUACCCCCAAGGUUUUGAGCAUGUGACAUGUGGUAGUUCCAUUAAAGUGGUACACGAACCAAGUCGCUACCGUCUACACUCGCACGACAUCGCGUACGGUAGCGGCAGUGGCCAGCAGUCAGUCACGACGCACAUGGCACGGAACGAUGUCAAUAGCUACUGGAUCGUGAAGGAAGGAGACGGAGCGGCUGUGUGUGAAGCAGGGAAGCCCAUUGAGUGUGGGGCUAUAAUUCGGCUGGAACAUUUGCAGACACGACGCAACUUGCACUCGCAUACGUUCAAGGCGCCGCUAUCAUCACAGCAUCUUGAAGUCAGUGCUUAUGGAGUGGCCGGGGAAGGUGACGGGCUUGACUCGUGGGUUGUCGAGUGUCAAGAGAAUCAGCAGUGCUCGGCCGAAGCCCAGUGUGAUGACGAUGACGGUCUAUGGAAACGUGGGGCGCUCGUGCGUCUUCGCCAUCAGUCGACGAGCCACUUGCUGCGUACGAGCGUCACCGCGCGCUUUGAUGAUAGCAAUUGUCCGCAUUGCCCCAUUAAUGGCCAGCAAGAAGUUAGUGCGAGCUCCAUGCGUGACGACGAAACGUUGUGGUUUGCCGGAGAGGGUAUUUACGUGACGGAAUGA